GUCCCUUCCUCUCCCUUCCCCCCUUGGGUUGCUCUGGGGAAUCAAUCGCCAACAACUCACAAUAUCGUCUUCACAUUCUGGUACCCAAACCACUCGCCCCACGAGUCAAGAGCACCAGCUCACCACCCUUCUUCAGACCUCCCGGGCUCGUGGACUCGGGACUUCGCCAUGCAGGUCCCCCUACUCAGACUCCAGUGCGGGGUCAAUUCCUACGACUGGGGCAAGAAGGGCAACGACUCGUCCGCAGCCAGGUUUGCUGCUGCCACGCCGGCUGCCGACUUCACGGUCAAAGAUGAUCAGCCUUACGCCGAGCUCUGGAUGGGCACCCACCCUUCCAACCCCUCCAGGGACUUGCGCACCGGCCGCACUCUCCUUGACCUGGUCCAAGACAACCAGGCUCUGCUCUCGCAGUCCAUCACCGCUCGCUAUGGCAACAAGCUGCCCUUCCUCUUCAAGAUCCUCUCCAUCGAAAAGGCCCUCUCGAUACAGGCCCACCCAAACAAGAAGCUCGCCGAGCAGCUACAUGCCAAGGACCCCAAGAACUAUCCCGAUGACAACCACAAGCCCGAGAUGGCCAUCGCCCUCACCGACUUCGAGGGCCUAUGCGGCUUCAGGCCGCCGUCGGAGAUAGUGCACUUCCUCAACACUGUCAAGUCUCUGCGUGACCUUGUCGGCGCAGAGACCGCAGAGGCUUUCAAUACUACAAUUAGGUCGCACGAGGGCGAUGAGUCCGAGGAUGCCAAGCGAGACAAUAAGGCUGCCCUUCAGAAACUGUUCGGGGCCCUCAUGUCCAAGCCAGAGUCUGCUCUCGAGACAGCAACUGCCGCUCUCUUGGACGAGGCCACGGCAGGGACAGACAAUUUCGCAGGCGGCGGUGCUGGACCCAACUCGGGCAAGGACCUCGCCGAGCUGAUCAAGCGGCUACACGGCCAAUUCGGUGCCGACUAUGGCCUGUUCGUACAGUUUCUCUGCAACCUGGUGACCAUGGCACCUGGCGAGGCCUUGUUCCUGCGGGCUGAUGAUAUACACGCUUACAUCUCGGGCGACAUCGUCGAGUGCAUGGCAGCCAGCGACAAUGUCAUCCGCGCUGGGUUCACCCCAAAGUUCAAGGACGUCGACACGCUUGUGUCAAUCUUGACAUACAAUUACGCCCCGAUUGAGGAGCAAAAGAUGGCGCCCAAAGAGUACGUAUACGCCACCCUGAACCGCACAGCGUACAGCUCGAGCAGCGAGGUCAUGCUUUACGACCCCCCUAUCGAGGAAUUCAGUGUGGUGCGGUCCACCCUGAGACGCGCGGGUGCCAAGGCGACGUUCGACCCUCUCGAUGGGCCCAGCAUCAUCAUCUGCACGGGUGGCAGCGGAAAAGUCUCGGUCGGGCCAACAGUGGAAGACGUAAAACCGGGCUAUGUCUUCUUUGUGGGCUCGACGGCCGGGGUCGUCCUGGAGUCAACUAGUGAUGGAGAGGAGUUCGUAACUUUCAAAGCGUUUUGCGAGGUCGAACAUCACAGCAACGGCGGGUCCUGAGGUUUUUGAUAGUCUGAAACUCGCCGUGUUGCAAGGCUCUGGGCACAGCAGGUUACUGGCGCGCCUCGAAUCACUGAACAGAGUAUGCUUGGCAUGAAAAGUUGCUUCUACUUGGGCCAUGACUUUCGGAAAGACCGCAAGCGACAAAUAUGUCCUUGCAAGUUUCGAUUGCAAACAGGGAUUCCGGGAAGGGCCGGUGGCGACCAAGGGGCAUCGUGGCAAUAUUACUGCCCGUGGUCUGCUUCCGUCGUGCUACUAACCCGACCCAAGAGUAUACCUAGGUAGUUGACAUGACCGGGAGGCGGCGGGCCAUAAAUGGUCGAUCGCCACUACUCGACAUCUAAUCUUGUCGUUAUCGCAUUAUUCCCUCCAGAAAAGACUUCGGUGGAAGCAACUUGUUCCCAUACUCCAGACAGUACUAUUAAAGAGCAUAUACUAGUAUAUAUAAAUAUAAAUACAU